CAGUUUUCGACUGUCAUUGACCAUGUGUGCGCGAAGAAAUCAUUACAGAAAGAUUUUAGCUCUCUAAAAAUUAUUAGCUAUGGAGCCCAAUCAAUGCACAGAAUCAGAUACAGAUGCGGAAUCUAUUCCCAAGAAGCAGAGAAUCAAUUAUAUCUGCGACUGGCAUAACUGCAUAAAGGGAUUUCGCAGGGAAAAUUCAUUUGACCGACACUACUUCACCCACACGGGUAUUAAAAAAUACACUUGUGAUGUGGAAGGCUGUCUCAAGAGCUACACGAUUAGGGAUCACCUCAAGAGACACACCAGAAUAACCCAUGAAACCAUUUUGUCCGAAGAAAUACUAUGUUCAGAACCCAAUUGUGGCAUGAUCUUCACUAACAGGAGCAAUAUGGUGAGGCACGUCCGGAGACGUCAUGAAAACCCGAGGAUUUUUAAGUGUUCAGACUGCUCAGAGACAUUCAGACGAAAAGAUCAACUCCGGAAGCAUAGGAUGGAUCACACGGGACAAUUUCCGCAUAUCUGUGAGACUUGUGGCAAGGGAUUCGUCAAUCUAAAGACACUGAGGAGUCAUUUAGUUUGCCAUCGACUCCUUAAGUGUUCCCAGUGCGAUAAGGAGGUGCCUAAUUGGACGGAAUUGGUAGCUCAUCGGAAAAAGGAACAUCGAAGUGUCUUCAAAUGUUCAUCGUGUGAUAGGCAAUUUCACUCCAAGAGCCGCCUUAGAAGCCACGAAGUCAUCCAUAAGGCUCGUGAAGAGCGACCAAAUUUUAUCUGUGACUUCUGUGGACGGGAGUACACCCGAAAAUCCAAUCUCUUGGCACACAUUCGUUCAGCUCAUGAGAACCAAAGAUAUUCCUGCACAAGCUGCAAUGCUGCUUUGUCAACAAAGAAAAAACUACAGCUUCAUAUGACCAGUAAACAUUCAGAGAAUCCCAGGGAAGCUCGAAGUAUACCACAGAGACCACGGAACAGGCGAAAGGAUGCUGGUAAGCCUAGAGUCUCAAUGGCUUCGGUACUCUCAGGAAUAUCUGCACCCCGGGAAGUAGAGGAGAUCCUGCUGAGAAAUGAUGGAGCCAUUCUCCAAGUAGAAUAUUCCCCUGUCUACAAAAGUGGAUCCGCCACGGAUACGGAAUCUGAGAAGAACUUUGCAAUUUCAGGAGUUUCUGGAGUAAAGGUAACAGUCAAGGGACACAUUUAAGGCAUUUAAGUAAUUAUUAAACUAAAGUCUUUACUGAAUAGAUAAGGAUCUUUAAAAAAAAGAAUCAAAAU